AUGGAUGCACCAACUCUUCAGCCCAAGUUCCUGCCUUCUCGCAAUGAAUUGGGCCUCGUUGCUGUAGGCUUCUGCGGAGGCCAGGGCAAGUCUGGCGUCGAUGCUGCUCCCAUGGCCUUGAUCGAGUCCGGUCUCGUCGAACAAUUGAGAGAAGAGCUUGAAUUCAACGUGCACUACGACGGAGAGGUGCACCAGUACGCCGACAUCAUGCCCAAGGAAGACCCCGUAUACCGCGGCAUGAAGAACCCUCGCGCUGUCAGUGCCGUUACCCAGCGUCUCAGCGAGCAAGUCUAUGAGCAUGCCCGCCAUGGCCGCUUUGUCCUGACCCUCGGAGGUGACCACUCGAUUGCAAUUGGCACCAUUUCCGGCACAGCCAAGGCCAUCAGAGAAAGAACUGGUAGAGAGAUGGCCGUCAUCUGGGUCGAUGCACACGCCGAUAUCAACACUCCCGAGACAUCGGACAGUGGAAACAUUCACGGCAUGCCCGUCGCUUUCUUGACCGGUUUGGCCAAGGNNGAAGACAAGGAGGACUGCUUCGGCUGGAUCAAGGACGACCAGCGCGUCAGCGUCAAGAAGCUCGUCUACAUCGGUCUGAGAGAUAUCGACCGCGGCGAGAAGAAGAUUUUGCGUGAGCACAACAUCAAGGCCUUCUCUAUGCACGAUAUCGACAGCGACACUCCCAUCCACUUGUCCUUCGAUAUCGAUUCGCUCGACCCCAUGUGGGCACCCAGCACUGGCACACCAGUCCGUGGUGGUUUGACUUUGCGUGAGGGUGACUUCAUCGCCGAGUGCGUUCAUGAGACUGGCAGCCUUGUUGCCCUAGACUUGGUCGAGGUUAACCCCAGUCUCGAGUCUCACGGCGCUAGCGAGACCGUUCGUGCCGGUAUCUCUAUCGUUCGCUGCGGUCUUGGUGACACUCUGCUAUAG